UAGCUUUUAUUGUGGAGGUAUUGCCCGGAAGUGUUUGCCGUCCGGCUGUUGCAGCUAACGCUAGCUGAAGGCGAAGCCUUCACGUAGUUCAGUGAACAAUGUCCGCUCAGAUGAAAGACAAAGACGCUUAUCAAAGGCUGAACUUUCUCUACCAGGCGGCCCACUGCGUUCUGUCCCAGAACCCGGAGAACGUGGAGCUGGCUCGGUUCUACUGCUCCACGCAGAAGACCAUUGCGAGACGUUUAGUGCUCAGGCAAGAUCCUUCGGUGAAGAGGACGCUGUGCAGGAAGUGCUGCUCGCUGCUGGUUCCUGGUGUCACUGCUUCCUGCAGACAACGCAGGAGGAGCAGAAACGCCCGAUUCACCGUGGUCCGCUGCCUCAGCUGUGAGCACAGCAAGACGCUGCUGAACCAUCCGGACCAUCAGCUGUGGACGGAGCGACCCGAGGCCCAGCAGGAGCGGCCCAAGCAGCCGGAUCCGGGCUCUUCUGUUAAAAAAACACCAAGAGAGAAGAAGUGUGACGCCUCGGCGUCGCGUAAGGCCACACCGGAUCAGAGCGCCGGCGCCACGUAGCAGCCGCUCCUUUGUUUUACAGAAAUGUUGCUUAUGGCCACAAUCUUUGAGUUUACUCAUUAGUACGUUUGUCCCUUUCAGUAGUUUUCUGCCAUUCGCAUCGAGUUGUCCGGCAUCAGUAAUAACUUUAGAAGUGGCUAAAAUGCUGAAUGUGGUUUUGUUAUCGUAUAAUUAAUAAGCUCCUUGCGUCUCCACGGCGACAAUCACAUCAUGUCACUCGCUACCUGAUGCAUCCCGCUCCUCGACCUACCUGAGCUAGUUAACUCCGCGAUGCCUUCAGGGCCCAUUCCGUACAAAGGCGUGCUGGGUGAAUUCCAGCGCUGGUUCAGGUUGAGGUGAAUCCGAUCUUCUCCAGUGUUCUUCAGUGGGGUUCAUGGCCUCCAUGUGGUGCGCGACACAUUUAAAGGUGGAUGUGUGUUUUUUCAUUUUCAUUUAUUCUUUGAAAGCAGAACUGAGGGUGAUUAUUUUAUUGAAUUUGACAAGAAUAUUUUUUAACAUUUUUGACACCGUAAAAAUCUCUUUCGCUGCUACUUUUCCUUAAAGAUUAAAUACAUUUUAAAAAAAA